AGGCAUGAAACAUCCCGCACAGAUUCUUGAAAGCACUCAAGGGACUUACUUUACACUUCUAUCUUCAUUUCUCCGCCAUACAAUGUUACGGUUACCGCUUAAAUCUCAUAGUUGUCUUAUGCGCAAUUAGAAGAAUGCGCGCCAGCCUUGCAGACUUGCGCUUAAAGGCGAUACCGCUUGAAGCACCAAGAGCGUCGCACUUACCGUCCCUCCUCACUAACACAAAUAAAUUCAUGCUUAGGCGGACUCUUAAAUAUUACGUCAUCCCUUUUCAAUGUUAAGCUAGUAUUAUAUCGGUGUUAACUUUAAGUCAGACUGUAUUUGUUAGACAUUUCAAUUGAAAUAGUUAACCACAUAACAAAUUAAGUACUGUCUGUGUCCCAUCCUUCCUAAAUAAACCAUAUUUUAGCUUUUCUUUAGUCCACCGUUGAUGUUAAUAAGCAUCCACUUUUCGCUCAUUUCAUAUUUUAUUACGUUGUAACUUCCGUACAGAGAGAGAAAUACAAGACGUCAGCAUGUUUUCAAUAUAGAACAUUUGUUGAAUGGUAGAAAUAAUUAAUUACUAUAAAAUUAUUGAGUUUGUCUUGCUUUCAGGUUACUUUUCACACCAUUGCUUGGUACUUAGACUAUAACUGUGCAGUUUAUGUUUCUGAUUUAUUUGUAUAUAUUGUUUUCAGGUUAUUGUAUAUAAAAUGGUAUCAGUUGUAGUGUGUCUCAAAGUCUUUCAAGUUAGGGGCGACGCUAGUAUAGCUGGGAUGUAGUUCGCUGGGUGGGGCGAUUGCUUCCCCUCCGUUAUCCCUCCUCUUCUUCCCCUACUUCGUGUAUAUGGCGUAGAAUGCCCGCGAACGGUUUGCUUGGAAGAGGGGGUGCAGGGUGAUUGGGCGGGCCGAGAUCGUGCAGUCUCGGCGCUGCUUCGCGUUUUUCCGCCAGUCGUUUGGUGUCGAACUACGACGGUGUUGGCCGUUCGCUCGCACGGCUGUGUUCGUGCGUACGUUGCCCGAGUGAGUGUGUUGUGCGCGUCACAACUUUAUUUGACGUAACCCCCCUCCUCGUGAAUGUCAAGUGCUUGUUGGCAGUUGAACGUAAAUAAAAGGAUCUUAGUUGCGAGUUUUGGUCGCAUGAAGCACGUUCAUGGUAGGUGCGACGGCGCCGUGGUAGCCGUUGUAGUGUCCGUGCAGUUGUAAGGCCAUUCACCUCGGCUUGGCGGGAAUCUGCUGGAUUCCAGCGCGUAUGUUCGGCUCUCGGAAGAAAGACAGCAUGAACCGUGAAAAAUGCUCUCGCGCUAACGUCAUUGUGUCUGCCGUCACACGAUUUCUCAAGAUUGGCAAGCUUACGAAAGUGAAACGAAAGCGUGUUCCCACAGCAGUGCUGCCACCACCAGAGCAAGUACGCCACACAGCGAUGUCCCCGCCUCACACGGUCCCCACCGCCACCGUGCAGCCGGUCUCCAAGCUGGCACAGAACCAAACACCCCCCAAGAUGACGCCCAAGGACUAUGUCUUUGGCAAGGUGAUAGGGGAGGGCAGCUUCUCCACGGUGUACCUGGCCAUGGACAUCCACACCAACAAGGAGUACGCCAUCAAAGUGUGUGAUAAGAGACAUAUCAUGAGAGAAAAGAAGGCUAAGUAUGUCAAGCGGGAAAAAGAAGUUCUCCACAUGCUCAGCUCAAACGUCAAGCCAACUGCACCUUUCUUUGUGAAGCUGUAUUGUACGUUUCAAGAUGUUGAUAGGCUUUAUUUUGUACUAUCUUAUGCCAAAAAUGGUGAACUUUUACCACAUAUCAACAAAGUUGGAUCAUUUGAUGUCACCUGCACAAGGUUUUACGCGGGAGAGGUUCUUUUGGCCAUGGAGCAUCUUCACAGCCUUGGAGUUAUCCACAGGGAUCUCAAACCUGAAAACAUAUUACUGGAUGACAAGAUGCACAUCUUAAUCACAGAUUUUGGGUCUUCUAAGAUACUGAGUGAAGAGACUGAGCAGACAAACACAGGUGAGCCGCAGCCUCGGCGGCGAAACAGCUUCGUCGGCACUGCGCAGUACGUCUCCCCCGAGCUGCUCACCGACAAGUUUGCAUCGAAAAGUGCCGACUUGUGGGCUCUCGGCUGCCUCGUGUAUCAGAUGGUGGCAGGUCUACCACCAUUCAGGGCGAGGAGUGAAUACUUAAUAUUUAAGAAAAUAUUGGAUUUGGACUACAUAUUUCCAGAUGGAUUUGAUCAGAGUGCAAGAGAUCUAGUCGAGAAGCUGUUGGUCCUGGAGCCUAGCAAACGGCUUGGUGCCGAAGAUGUGUCUGGUUACCCUUCCAUACGGUCUCACCAUUUCUUUGGUGGUUUAGAGUUUGAGGUGCUCCACAAGCAGACCCCACCACAGAUAUACCCCUACCUCCCUGGCACCUCCGAACACGAGGAGCUUAGGAGUCAUUACAGGGUCCCAGACCACUUGGAGCCGGGGCUGGAUGACAAGCAGCUGACUCGACUCCUAGGGCUGGACCUGCAGGGCGGGAACCGCACCCCGAGUCCCGAGCCCGAAAGGCCUAAGAAGAGAGCCACCGUCUUAGACAUGAGCUCCGAGGAGAUGCGCCAGCAGUUGGAAGCGCAGAAGAACUCCCCCUGGCAUGCGUUUGUGGAGGACAACCUGAUCCUUAAACAAGGCCUUGUAGACAAGCGAAAGGGUCUUUUUGCGAGACGGAGAAUGUUGUUGCUGACUACGGGUCCCCACUUGUACUAUGUGGAUCCUGUUAAUAUGGUUCUUAAGGGCCAGAUUCCUUGGAGUCCAGAGCUGAGAGUUGAGCCCAAGAACUUCAAAAUAUUUUUUGUACACACACCAAAUCGGACGUAUUAUCUGGAAGACCCAGAAGGCUAUGCGUUGGAAUGGUGCAAGGCUAUUGAAGAAGUUAGAAUACACACAUAUGGUCUAGGUUCAUAAAUAUUUAGAUUCCAAGACUAGGGCUGCUAAUUGUGUGUGCGUUAUUUGCAUUAGGAAAUUUAAAUUGUGGUUUUUAUAAACUGCCGUUCAAACCACCGUUGGUCGAGUGUGAUGCGAUCGAAAUGGACUCGCUGGACUCGCUUUACCAGAGACCGGAACUGUACGAGCACAAGACAUUCAGCGACAACGUUCCUUGUUCCUCUUUUUUCUGUGUUUUAAAAUUAUUUAUUUAUUUGUAGUUUUGUGAAAUAAACUUGUAAUUUAGAUAUAAA